UAGCGGUGUAAUCAGGAGGGAACAGGGCUGACGCGCACCGCGCCACAGAGAGCUUUGGCUAUUGAUAAGCCUGUGACGAAGGAGCGUACAGCAAACUCCCAUUGUAUGCUACCACACUUGUGCUGCGCUUAGAGGCGCACCGCACCGUGCGUUAUAAGGAGAGAAUAACCUCAUGUAAGGCUACAACGCGUGGAAAAGGAACAUAAAAAGGGAUUUUAAAUCAACUUGAAGUGUUGAUGUCUCGAGGGAUAACCUAGCAUUAGCCUAUACUAAAGUGUAAAUAACAUUUGACUGAUCUAGUCUAUAAUAUUGUUUGGAAGCUUUGUUUUAUGUAUGCAAGUCAUUUAAAUUGGUCAGAAGAUGUUUUUCUCAUUACAUUGAUUAUUUUUUUAGGAUAAUGUUUGAAGUUUAUUUUAAAGCCAUCGGCUAUAACAUUUGAUGUUUUAAUUUCACACUAGGACUUUUACUGACUCGAAUUGUGUGAUACCAAACUAUCUGAGACUAUCAUCCCGACCGCAGGAGAUUGUGUUUGGAACACACCACCAAAAAGUUCCUUGGGGAUUUAAUACAUCAAUUCAAGAUGGACCAAAUCAUCUUUAAAAAAGUCGCCUUACUCCCCAAGUCCCCUGACAGUGGAAUUUCGAGCUCGGUGGACGUUCUAAGUGGGAAGCGUAUAAUUGAGUAGGCAACAAUUGCUAAUUGACUGGAUAUACUUUGCUGAGACAAGCGUGGGUGUCCGUCUGCUCGCAACGCCAGGAGUUCCAAUUCCACAGAGCGAGCCGCUGUCCCUGCGCUUAGUGCUGAGGGAGAGACUCGUGCUGUUUCCAUAAAUGCUUAGUCUAUCGCGGAGAAUCCAGCCUGGGCAGCAAGAUGAGCUCGUGGGUUUGGGUUCAGCUGCUCGCGUUGUUUGCGACAUGUCUGCGGUCGGGCAGCGCAGAGGGGGAUCCUCUCCCUCCAGGUUUGGUGGAGCUGGUUAGGAGCAACCCUAUCUCUUCCAUAGAGGACCUGCAGCUGCUGCUGCUCAGUGACUCCGUAGAUGAGGAUAUUUCGGAAGAUUUUUUGCCCAGUGGACAACACUCCAACAACACUAGCAACCGACUACCAAGGAGUCUGGACGCCCAGCCGGCUCAGCAGGCGCUAUGUAAGGUGAGGACAGAGGUGAUGGAGGUGACCCGUGCCAUGUUGGACCGCAGCAACGCCAACUUUAUGUUGUGGCCUCCCUGUGUAGAGGUACAGCGAUGCUCCGGCUGCUGCAACACCAAGAGCCUGCAGUGUGUCCCCGUGCUGACGCACACCAGGCACCUACAGGUGAUGAAGAUCCAGUACGUGGAGAAGCGGCCCAACUACUCCAAGGCCGUCGUCUCGGUCCACGACCAUGUGGAGUGUCGCUGCCAGCCCACCCCUCGCCCCCCGGCCGUCCCCAAGAAGAAGUCCAUGCCCCGCAGACAGCAGAAAGACAACAAAGGAGAGGGGCAUCCAGCCAAGGCCAGAUCCAAGGAGGAGCUGCACCGCAGAGAUGAGCUGAAGCACAACCAAAGGAUCCAGCUGGAAGACCUGCUGGACCAGCACUGGAACCCCAAGGACACCUCCUCAGACGCAGGGGCGGGGAAAGGGGGCUAUGGGCUAGACCAUGACAAGAUGGAUCCUCAGUGGGUACUCAACGCCACCAGCCAGCUGGGAGCUAAGGAGUGGACCGAACGUCGACAUCACGAUGACAUGGAGGAGGGGAGAGACAGUAGUAGUGUCAAUGUCACUACAACCGCAAUGGACAUCGACAUGGCACAACUUGACCACGAGAAGAGAGACGGGGUCGAGACACGAGGGGACACACUAUUUAACAUCACUGAGGGUAAUGUCAGUAGGGGAGAUAGGCAGCAGGGAAGUCUGAGUCUCAGUGAGGGGGGAGACCAGGAGACACAUAGACAACCCACACAACCACAGAGUCCCUCGCUACGCACCAACACAUCAAAGCAACAGCGACAUGGGACCAACUCCUCCUCAGAGGAAACCAAGAGCAGAGAGGGAGCCAAUCAAAGAAUGGAACAGCGAUUCUAUCCUACGGAGGAAACCAAUCAGAGGCCCGAGAGCAGAUUCCCUCCCCUUGAGGAAGCCGAUCAAAGACGUAAAGACAAUGAGACCCCCGAUUCAGAGAGGAGGCUCCAGCACGCUCUCCAACUGGAACAGGAGAAGCUGGAGGAGGAGAGGAAGGAGCUGUUGUUACUCCACAGGAGACUGGACGAUGAGAAGGUGAGACUGCACCUGAGACGGGAGCAACAGAAACAACAGCAAGAAGAAGAGGAGCAGAAGUACCCUCGGCCUAAUCAUAAACAUCAUCAAACUCAAACCACCACACAAAGAACAGACACAGUGUCGCCCACUUCAACGCGAGCGCCCUCAGGCCUGGCUGGUCCCCGGCCACCUGCUUGGCCCGGCCCACCUAGGAAGAGAAUGAGGAAGAACAACCGCAAGCGCAUCAGCAAGGCUGCAAUGAGAGCAAUGCUAAUGUAGAACUUACAAUCUCUCUGCAGGGAGUGAGGCGCUCGGUCUUUGUUCUGGACAAUCCAGUGGCGACACCGAGCAGUUAAUUCCUUUCUUAUGAGUUAAUAUUCAUGUGUCAGUAACCUGCCCUUCCUGUGACCGUGAGGUAUUCCCUAAUAGUACUAAUGAUUGUCUGGUGAACCCAAAACAACCCAUGGACAGAAAGAAAUAUGGGACAAGAAGAAUGGGAUGUAAAUACAUACGAGGCUGAGGUGAUCCAUCAACAUUUGUCUGAUCCGUCAAAAGAUGAUCUCCUUUUAACAACAAGAUGUUCCCCUAGUCGGAUCAAGAACAGUGGAACGUUGGAACAGAACAUUCAAACAACAUUAGGACUUUGGGAGAUAUCAUUGGAACACUGAAAGAACGUUGGAACGUUCACAAGGAUGUCGGACUGUUGCUGGACAGCGCUAUUGGACCUCCCUCAUGACUUUUCAACGGCGUAGUAAAACCACUCCGAUCCGUAGAGAUCAAGUCGGUUAAAAACUCUUUGUAUGCUCUUCCGAGGCAUGGUUCAUUAUAACUCCCAAGAAGUGGACUGAUCACGCUUGUCAACAAGCAUUUUUUUUAUGUCCGUCCAAAUCUCCAAUUUUUCUAUGAGCACGAGAUACUGAAAAUACGUGUUUUUGGUUGAAAAUCUAUUUCAAAAGUACAUAUUUCAAAAAUGUUGCUCACUGGGUUCCGACAUGGAAGAAUACAUUUUCUUUUUCCGACUAGAAAGAAUACACUGGUAGAGGACCAGGAAAAUACCAUGGCGGGCAGAUAUUACAGGGACAAUGAGAAAGAAAUGUUGACAUUUAAAUGAGCUAAGUAAGACAGUUGGAAUGACUGGUAGUCUUGACUGAUGUGAGCAGUAUCCCUACAUUGUACUUAAGCUGCUCUAUAUGUUCCAACUACACAGCAAAGAUAUUACAUGUCUCAAUAGUUACACAAUGUCGAAUCUCGUUUUCUAUAAAGAUAUUUAAUUGUAUUUAAUUUGAUCUGAAACACUGGAACUCCAUCAACAAUUAAUGCACAGGUUUGCAUUCUCAUGUUCAGCUGAGGCUUCUGCACUUCUUUCGGAGAGUGUGGUUAAAGACGCAAGGUGCUAUACAGGGGUUGUGUUACACCUUUAUGUUAGUUUUUAACAUUAUUUAUUCCUUAUAUCACAUAGGUCUCCUGUGUUCAUUAUCAAUAGGAUUACUACAUAUGAAGCAUUUUGGGGGUUGAAUAUCGACCCCUCUUCCAGUCUCAAUAUAAUUUGAGCUGUCAGCCUUUGUGCACACAGGCCAUAGUAUAGAUUCAAUCAGAUCAAGCAUUAUCUGACGAUAGCAGACAGCCGCAUAGCGGAUGUUUUGGCGGUUUUAGAGAAGGUUUGGCGCCGUCAAAUUGGCUCAAAGUCAGAAAAUAAAGUGUAGUCUAUAUAGAAAUAAUUACACUCAAGUUAAAAACGUAUUAAACAUUAGGAUUUCUAUCGUCCUAAUCAAGGUGUAGAUUACAACUCAGUGUUCCAACUUGUAAACAAGGCUGCAAAGCAUUUCUGUUAAUGAGACUCAGCCAAUGGCAAUGUCCACUUUAGGUAUAAUGCCGGGAGCCACUUACGGAUUUGACGAGCGUACAUAUAUAUAUAUAUAUACUGUAUGUUACAGGAGAAGGUCAAUCUGGGAAAUGUAUACGUUCCCAACAGGAAAGGAGCCAGCGUAUGUUACAAGUAACUACAAUGUAACUACAAUGAAAAGCUUUGAAAAGGGAAAAGGUGUUGUCUGUUGCCUGCCAUUCACUGUCUAUAUGAUAGACAAGUUAUGGUAAUGACUUUGUGUCGUUGUAUAACUUUGUGUGUCAAUGUGGGUGUGCAUGUGUAUGUGCAUGUCUGUGCUCAAGCGUGUGUAGAAUUUGAGUGUGUAUGCCCAUUUGAGUGUUAGAGUAAUUGUAAGUAUGUGAACAGAAUCAUAUUUAUGCGUUUGAUCACUAACACUCAUGAAUCCAUAAGUCAGGUAGUCCCUUAUUCACAAUGCUCAUUGCUAACCAGUCCUUGUCUGCAUAGGGAACAGUAGAGAAUCAGACCUUGUGUAUCCCGAGUCUGUGUGUUACCUUAUUUAAUAAAGGCAGACAGACACAGCAAGGGUACUGGAAUAGGCGCCAUUGUAAUUUUUAACACAGAGAAUUAUGCACUAUGCACUCUCUCUGUCAGUUUGUGACAGCACACACAAACACGCCCCAGACUGAGACCGCAGUAUCGUGACCCAGCUAAAGCAGGGAUUGUGGAGAAAUCAUACAGUGUGACAGUAAUCCUAGUUUUAACACCCCUUUGCUACAAAAUGUUGACAUUUAAUAUCGAUUAACAGUAAGUUGUCCUAAAAAAAAAGGGUUUGAGCUUUGUUUAUUAGUAUCCUAUGGAUUUUACAAGGAAGUUUAGUAAAACUAUUUGGUGAACAAUCUAACACUACAAUUUGAAGAGAAGAAGUGCCCUGGUAAAAGUUUCAGAUAAUAAAAUCAGCAUGGGUUAGAUGUGUCAAGCAAAGAAGCUCAGUGCUUGUAUGUGGGCAACUGCAGGUCACCUUGGUAUAGUUUGCUCACUUCAAAUAACCUAACUACCAGCCAAAUAUAGAACAUGUGGCAUAUUCCAGAAUGCCUUCUUUCAACUGUAAUUAGUUAUUGUCUGUUUUGUUUUGAGUUAUCAAAAAAUGAAUGUUGUGAUAAUUGCCACUUAAUUCUAUUUUGAUAUGAUUAUAAAAAAAACAUAUGUGAG